CAGUCAUGCACAUAUUACAAUAUUGGUAUUCUGUGCCGAGUGCGGCAGCGGCUCUUUAUGACUCAUCCCAUCGUAAGUCCACCGGAGACGCGCUUCAUUCAGGUGUCAACCCAUUCAGGUCUGCGCAGACGCAAGAUCUGAGCUCACUGCGUGACACUUGUCGCACAUCUUGACUAUAAAACAGCGAUUCAUUCUUUAAAGAAGUCCUUUCACCGAUUUCUUUAUAGACUAUAAGAAAACGUGGAAGAAGGAAGCAUCUCAGUAGAUACACGCCAUCUUCCAGGGACAGGCUCACUGACCCGGCGCCGCUCAGAUCCCCGCUGACCUCCUGAUAUGAAGCUCCAUCUACUUGUGUCCAUCGCGGUCCUCCUAGUCGCCUUUCUGCCCCGGCAUGAAUGCAGAGCCAUCGAGCCCCCCGGCGCCCUGCCGGCUCCUGCCCACCAGCCUGCUCUACAGCAGCAGCAGCAUCUUCCGCUUCUGGUGCGUCUCGGAGAGGAGUACUUCGUCCGGCUUGGAGAUGGCGGUCGCAGUCAGUCAGUCAUUCCGGCAACGUCCGCCGACGCGACCGUCAGAAAGGCGCUUGAUCUACAGUUAACGCAGCGCCUCCUGCAGAGCAAGGUCGACAACCUGAGCCGGUUUGUCAGCAGCCUCGCCGAGCCGGCGGAGAGAGGAAGGCGCUCUGAGGAGCCUCCCAUUUCACUGGAUCUAACUUUCCACCUGCUCCGAGAAGUGCUGGAAAUGGCCAGAGCAGAGCAGCUGGCACAGCAAGCCCACAGCAACAGGAAAAUGAUGGAAAUCAUCGGUAAAUAAGCGUGACCGACAUCCAUGUGCCAAAGAAAGUUUAACAUCCAGCACAAACACACUAUUACAUACCAUAGUGCUGCUGUCACUAUUUUCGUUCGUCCAAUUAUUUAUCUACUGCCUUAUUUAUUUUAUAGCUUUGACUAUAAAUCUGGAUUUUAUUUCGCUUGGUGGUAAACAGAUUGUGUGCAAAAUUGCAAGAAAGCUGUCGUCAAUUUGUAUAACUGUUGUAACAGUGCUGAAAGUGUAGCAUUUACACAGAAUCAACCUAUACUUUGUCUUAAAAGACCAUUUAUUUUAACUAGAUUGUAGAAACCCCA